AUGGGUGCCCUUGUUUCAUUACCGCUGAUGGCGGUGCCCAGCUUAGGCACAAUCUUAUCAUUCGGUGCCACCUGCUGUGGUGCUGCAACCUGCUCGAUGGUCUGCUCAGCAUGCGGGAAAUGCGGUAACAGCGUGGCGACCCGGAUCGGAUACGCCCUCAUCUUGCUAGUCAACUCGAUAUUAGCCUGGAUAAUGGAAACGCCAUGGGCGAUUGAGAAGCUUCAACACCUCAUGCUCGACUAUGUCAAAAUCAACUGCCCAACGGGGCAGUGUUACGGCUGGCUCGCUGUCCAUCGCAUCAACUUCGCCCUCGGUCUGUUCCACCUCGUCUUCGCCGGCCUUCUCUUUGGCGUCACCUCGUCCAAGCAGCCGCGCGCUGCUAUACAAAACGGCUACUGGGGCCCCAAGGUCAUCGCAUGGCUGGCCCUCAUCGUAUUGUCCUUCUUGAUCCCGGAUCCAUUCUUCCUCUUUUGGGGCAAAUACUUUUCUCUCAUCUUCGCCAUGAUGUUCCUCAUCCUGGGCCUGGUCCUCCUGGUUGACCUGGCACACAGCUGGGCCGAGUAUUGUCUCCAACAAAUAGAGGAGACAGAGUCGAAGGCAUGGCAGGUCAUCCUGAUCGUCUCCACCGUGGGCAUGUACAUUGGCUCCCUGGCCAUGACCAUCAUUCAAUACGUCUUCUUUGCCGGGUCGGGGUGCUCGUCCAACCAAGCCGCCAUCACCAUCAACCUGAUUCUCUGGAUCGUCAUCUCCUUUGUUUCGGUACACCCUGUGAUCCAGGAGCACAACCCCAAGGCCGGACUGGCGCAGGCCGCCAUGGUGGCAAUCUACUGCACUUAUCUUACCAUGUCGGCGGUGUCAAUGAAGCCGGACGACACGGAAGACAAACACUGCAACCCCCUGAUCCUGGCGCAGGGAACGCGCACAACAUCGGUCGUCAUCGGCGCCAUCGUCACGAUGCUUACAGUCGCAUGGACGACGACUCGUGCGGCAACGCAGACACUCGGCAUGGGCGGCGGCGGCGGGGCCAUUCGCCUACCGGACGAAGACCACCACGACCUCGUGACAACGCAACCGGGCCGUCGUGAGAUGCGCGCCGAGGCAUUGCGUCGCGCAGUCGAGGAAGGCAGCCUUCCUGCGGAUGCAUUGCUGUCGGACGAUGAAGACGAUGACUCAUCAAACAAGACGCACGACGACGAACGCAACUCGACACAGUACAGCUAUACGAUGUUCCACAUCAUAUUUUUCCUGGCCACUGCAUGGGUUGCAACGCUGCUCACCAUGAAUUACGACGACUCCAUCAAGGACGGCGACUUUGCUACGGUGGGACGCACCAACUGGGCCUCAUGGGUAAAGAUUGUUAGCGCGUGGGUGUGCUACGGUCUCUACAUCUGGACACUCAUCGCUCCUGUCUUGCUUCCUGAGCGCUUCUGA